AUGGAGGUCACAGCUCUCUGCAUCAGACUGUACACAGCUCUUCCUCAUCUCAUCCCAGCCAGACUUCAGUACUUCGAAUAUGAGUCCAUCUCUUUUAACUGUGAGGGGUUGGAUGGGUCUCUUGGAUUGGGAGUGAUGAGGAAGCUCCCAAGUGAAAGUACCCCAUGUGGUACAAACUGGGGAUUUUCAAAUGGGUCUCACUGCAUCCUCAAAAGUGUUUAUGUUGACGACAGUGGAGAAUACUGGUGUAAGACUGGAGACGGUAAGAAAAGCCACACUGUCAACAUCACUGUUACAGCUGGUUCUGUAAUCUUGGAUGCUCCUGUCAUUGUGAUGGAGGGAGAAGCUGUGACUUUGCAGUGCAGAAACAAGACAGCUUCCAACAUCUCCGCUUCCUUCUAUAAGAAUGACCUCUUCAUCAAGAAGGUCUCUACAGGAAAUUUGAUCAUCCAAAGUGUCUCAAAGUCUGAUGAAGGACUCUACAAGUGCAGAAUCUCCGGAGCUGGAGAAUCAGCAGAGAGCUGGCUGUCUGUCACAGAUGGAGUCAUUAGCAGAGCACCACCUCCACUGAGAGAGAUGCCUUUGCUGCUGUCUCCAUGUUCGGCCUGCGAACCCUGGCUGUCCCUGAAAGCCUGGAGCUAA